CUUUGCCUUGUCUUCCCUCAAAAACUUUCUCUUUCAUCUUCCAUCCUCCAUCCACCACACAUCUUCAUUCUCACCAUCACCACACCGACUUAUCCAGACAGUUUGAUCUCUAAACUGGGCCUUCUGAUACUGCUUCGAAACCCAUAUAAUCGGCGUUGAUCUCAACGUUCCACCAUUCCGUACUCACCGGGAUAUCUCGUUGUCUCAGCCCAACCCACGUUCCUCAUCAGGUCCCUCCUAAGCCUUCUGCUACCAAGAAAGAUAGAGCGCCUGUCUAUGUAUUCGCCCUACGUCAACGCUUUCGAACACCACCUGCCGCUCAAGCUGCAAUCUUUUCGCCCUGUGCGAAAACCUUGUAGUUACCAUUCUAGAUCUUGUGGCUGAGAUUCACUUCGCCUGACAUACCCAGUCAACCCCCCCCUCUCGCAGCUGAGCAGUAGAAAUUUCUUGCUCUCAUUAUACUACUCAAGAUAUCACGGGAAAAUUCGUGAUACGCAUGUCUUGUAGCAAUCGUACCUCCAUUUCCCAGGCCCUCUCCGCGUUUCGUCCUAUAUUGCCCGCAUCUAUAGCCUUUUAAGGGUUUUUAAGGAUUUCGUCUCUCUUCUUAUCGUCACCAUGGCUACCAUCAAUAUCCGUCGGGACAACCCCGACCCUUUUUACCGUUACAAAAUGGAGCGCCUCCAGGCCAAGAUCGAAGGCAAAGGCAAUGGCAUCAAGACCGUUGUUGUUAAUCUCAACAACGUCGCCCAGUCCUUGGGUCGCCCCCCUGCCUACCUAAUCAAGUACUUCGGCUUUGAACUUGGAGCUCAGGCCAACGCUAAGCCAACGGAUGAUCGCUGGAUUAUCAACGGCGCUCAUGAUGCUGCCAAACUUCAGGACUACCUUGACGGGUUCAUCGUGAAAUUCGUUUUGUGCAAGAAGUGCAAGAACCCAGAAACUGAAGUUGUAGUCAAAGAACCUCGUAUUAUCCUGGACUGCAAAGCCUGUGGUGAGCGAUCUGAUGUUGACCUUCGUCACAAGCUUAGCAGCUUCAUUCUGAAGAACCAGCCCAAGAAGGGUAAAAAGGACAAGUCCACCAAAAAGUCUCGACGCGAGAGAAAUAAGGCCAAAGGUGAGGGAGAGACGAACGGAGAGGCAAACGGAUCGUCAAAUGGUAGCCCGGUAGAUAGCAACUCCGAUGGAGGGGAGGAAAACGGCGAUGGUGCUCUCGAGGCCCAUAGUGAUGAUGAGCUCACUCGCCGCAUUAAAGCUGAGGCUGAUGGAAUCGAGCAGACGGCUGAAAUUGACGAUGACGACUGGGCAGUUGAUGUUUCUGAGGAAGCUGUUAAAGCUCGCGCCCAGGAACUCCCCGACGAUGUCAAGCGUUCUCUCGUCAUCGAUGAUGGUGAUGAAGACGGGGAAGGGGAAAAUGGGUCGGCUUCCGCGUACGAUCUUCUCGGGAGCUGGAUCAUAAGCUCCGCCAAUGGUUCUGAGGAUGGUGUCUCAGAUGUUAGUGACAUCGACAUUUAUAUGAAAGCCAAGGAGCUUGGCAUUGAGUCGAAGCACAAGACCCUCGCCGUCUUGGCUCAAACCAUGUUCGACGACAAAAUCGUUAAGCAAAUUCCGUCCAGGGCUGGCAUGCUCAAGAAGAUGAUCACUUCUGAGCGCCACGAGAAGGCAUUCCUUGGAGGAACUGAGCGUUUAGUUGGAAUUGAACGCCCAAAUCUCUGCCAAAGUGUCCCCGCCAUCCUACUCGCCUAUUACCAGGAGGAUCUCGUUUCCGAAGAAGUCCUCAAGGCCUGGGGCUCGAAGGCUAGCAAGAAGUACGUCGACAUCGCCACCAGCAGGAAAGUCCGUAAAGCCGCUGAGAAGUUUAUCGAAUGGCUUGAGACCGCGGAAAGCGACGAGGAUGACGAUGAGGAGUAAAUUCCUGUUGAAGCAUCCCAGAAACCAACUUCCAGCCGUGACAUUCUCUUCUUGAGGGAUUUUAUCCAUUAGUUCAUUCAUUUUUCCCCCGUCCCCUUGCUGUCAGUUUUGCUAUAUGUGAUCAAUUGUAUCAAUUAAUGGUUGACCCGCCAAUUCCACUCUGCGUCAGAAUUAAGAAUAAAUCUCAAUUAAUCCCUUUGCGACUUCUAUUGUUUCCCCUUUACUUAUUUUUUUGGGGCUCUCUUGGAUAAGUUUCAUUGCUUCCAUUUUGAACAAAUCAACCCAACUUAAUACAUUCGUUUCGUUUUUUAAGUAUAGUUAAGUAUUUAAAUGCAGGAGGAAUAAAGGUUUUAUUUUUGUCUCCCAUUGCAUAAACCAUACUAUUCUUCUUUAUGAUAAUAUCGUCCUACCUACAGAAAUUAUUAGUGAUAUAUGAAACUGCAGGCUGUAGACCAAUUUGGGGCAGUAGGGGCAUUUAUAAAAGGAAAAACUUAUGUCUUCUAUAGUAUCCAGAGAGUUCAUGGGUAUGAUUACUGUAAAAUAUCGAUAACCGGCGGCAUAGAUGUGCCCAUCAUAUAUCAAAAACAACAUUUAUUCAUUUUUCCUAUCCCAUCACACCGCUCCAAUCAUGUUGGCCAACCUCCACGAUCCACUGCUUCCCAUUGAUUGCAGCUCUCCCUGCGUUUGUGAGUGUGACUGUGUCCACGACUGCGGCUGAGAACUUAACAUAUCCGCAAUCCUCCUCUCAAUAUUCCGCUCCGCCUGUACAAGCCCGUCAAUAACAUCCCUGUCCCUAUCACGCCCGCCUCUCCCCUUCCCCCGCCCUUUCUCA